CGUGAAAACUCAAAACUGUGAUGUCUUGGCAAAAAAAAGAAAAGAGUACUUAUCCAAAUAUUUCAAAGAUGCCGGAAACGUGAAAUUAUUGGGAGUCAGUAAUCCCGAUAUUCCCGUUCUAUCCUUGUAGACUACACCUAAUCAAAACAGUGAUCCAACUUGCAUGACGAAUCAAUCACUAAUUAUCCUUCAUAAAGUAGAAUUUUUUAGAAAAACCCACCUCCCAAAAUCCAGAAUCUUACUUUCUCUCUCAAUCCUCCUCCCGUUUCUGUUCAAAAUCGUAAAUCUUUUGGAUCAAAUGGAUAAAGUUCAAUCCGAAUCAGACUGCCCCACUUGCCCCUUUUCCUUCCUUUAUAUGUCUAACUCUUCCGCCUGCUUCUCCUUCCCCCUUCUCCCAACUUUUUAUUCAGGAAUAAGAAACCUCCACGUCUUCCUUCUCUUUAUUUUCUCUGUUUCAUCGCUUGUUUUUGGUCUUUUCUUGCAUUUUCGGUUCAAACUUGAAAGAUCUCAGGUGGGUUUCUUUCGCUGGUUUUGAGGGGCUUCCUCCUGGUUUUCGUUUUCUUGUUGCGUACUCGAUUCUGCUUAAACAGAGAUUAAAAUUGGUGCCAUUCUUUUGUGGGGCUCUUCUAUUUUAUGCUGACAAUCUCUGGACGGCCGUUUGUUUUCUCUGCGCCAUGGCUUGUUCGUUGAAGACUGGUCUCUCUGUUUCAGGGCUGAAGGAUCAUUUGUGUUACUCUAAUUCAUCUGGGGUUUCUGGGUUUUCUACUUCUGUUUGUGCUUCCAGUUUAAAAGUGUCAAAGCAGCCGGGGUUUCCUGUUUUGAGCGUCGAUUUCUUGGGGAAUCCUGUAGUGAUUUCGGAUCGAAAUGGUAUUAGAAACUCAAACGCUAAAGCCCCAAAUAGACUGACCGUUUAUGCACAGGCAUCGAUUUGUGUAAGCCGAGCUCGGAGAUGGUGGGAAAAAACCCUGAAACCUAACAUGGUGGAGAUCCAUUCUGCACAAGCCCUUGUGGAUGCAUUGCUUGAUGCUGGCGAUAGAUUAGCCAUCAUUGACUUCUAUUCCCCUGGCUGUGGAGGUUGCAAAGCCCUUCAUCCUAAGAUCUGUCAACUGGCUGAAUUGAACCCUGAUGCAAUUUUUCUGAAAGUUAACUUUGAGGAGCUCAAAACCAUGUGCCAAGCUCUCCAUAUUCGUGUUCUUCCUUUCUUUAGAUUCUAUAGAGGCGGAGAAGGUCGUGUCUGUAGCUUCAGCUGUACAAAUGCAACUAUUAAGAAAUUCAAGGAUGCAUUGGCUGAACACGGAAGCGACCGGAGUAGCAUCCUUCCAGCGAAAGGAUUAGACGAGUCGGAGCUGGAACGGUUAGCAAUGGCGGGUGAAUUAUCAUCAUCAUAUCUGAAGGAAAGAACAUUGAAGGGUGUAGCGAUGAAAGAAAUGGAUUGUUACGGUUCUUGGGGAACAUCAGGCAAUAAAAUGGAAGUCAUGGAAGAGAACAACAUGAUUCUUAAGGUGUGAAGGAAGCUAUAUAAUGGGAGUAAAGCCAAGCCAGAUUGAAAGAUCAUACAUGCUUUUGCAUUUGUUUAGUUGAUUUUUUCUUUCUUUGGUGGGGGGAUUCUUGUACAUAAGCAAGGCCUCUGUUUUUUGCUAGUGUGUGCCUUGCCCAUUGCCCUGCUUUUGCCAAUCUGUGAAGAACUGUAAUUGCCUGUCUCUUUCAGUUUUCUAAUACCACAGAUGAAGCGUCAGUUCUUAUUCUUUUAAAA